GACUGAUGGAGGAUUCCUGUAUGGGCCCGUCACGAGACGAGCGCAUCGACAAGGAAGCAUACCACACCUAGCAGAAGGGAAACAGCAAAUCCCCAAAGGAGAUGGUGGCAAGAAAGCAGACCAAUCAAAAGGAUGAGGCUGGGAGACGCCGCGAGCCCCUGAAGGAAGGGCAGAACGAGAGUGUAUCGCAUGUGCCCGUGUUCAGCCGGAUGCGGGUGCCCACAAAAGAUUGGAUGCAUGGCCAAAGGAACACCAUUACCCGUGACCGGGCAGACAAGGUGAGGACACCAUGUGAGGAACAGUGCGAGCGUCACCGGAAUGAACAGCCUGAAAGGUUUAUCCCUCAAGCUGAACAGCCUAUCCAUGAUCUCCUUUUCAGGCCGCCGCAGGGGGCACCCGAAAGGGUAGAAGGGGGGCGAACGUCCUGAAGGAUGAACAUGUCGAAUUCCUCCAGAGCCCUUUUUCAAACUCCGCUCUUCGUUUUCCGAGAGAGUGCUGAGGGGUCCUUUGCCGGGUAAUUUCCAAAUGCCAGCCAUACCUAGGUGGUAAGCAGAUUUGCAAUAAGUUUGCGAUUUGGGCGGCGGUGGUGGGUGGAAUCUUCAUCUACUCCCUUAGCCUAAAUUCGUCUGCCGUCAAAAGUUGGAUGUCGACUAGAUCCGUCAAUUUUGUUUUACAAUCAGAGUCUAGCCGCCAUGCGCCAUCUGUACGCUGUUUGGGCAAAGUUCUUGUCCAGUCCGCCAUGUCUCCUCCGGCUAACAUUCCCAAAAUUCUGGCAGCAAUAGAUCAUAUCCAGUGCCAAUUCAGUCUAAAUUUUGUGUUUGGGUAAUUUCAAAUCUAUUCGUCCUUGGCUUUAAAAAAAACUUUGCUUUGGG